UUGGUUGCAUACUCCCAAUCCAAUUUCUCACCUUUCACCAGAUGUGGGUUGGCAAUGACUGACAGUACGUAGUGCGUUCCAAAUUCCCCCACGUUUCAAUUUGAUUUUCAAUUUUCCAACGACUCACGUCAAAAAAAAUUGUGUGUGUGUACCCCAAAAACGCUGUAUUCCGUCCGUGUACGUUAAGUAUGAGCGAAUAAGACAAAAACGGACCCAAUUUCGUCGACCCUUCCAAAUCCCGCAAUGUAAACAUAAAUAUCUCUUUUGUUGUGACAGAAGUGACGGUUACAAUUCAAGCUCAAAAUUGAACGGAGCAUGGUUCGACGGCGAAAAUCUAACAAAAAUAAGCAAAAAGCGAACAACAAUGUCACUACAGACGCCACGCUCACAAGCGCCGACAAUUUCACGUGUAAAACCCAGUCCAUUUCCGUCACCCCCAAGUGCAGCACCCCUACGGAGCCCCCUGAUAGGAAUAAGUCGCGCUCUAAUAUUAGAACCACCCCCGUCAACAAAGAGCGCUUCCAGAGGAGACGCGGCAGCUUCAACAGGACCAUGAACGUGACAAACUUGAAUAUUCUGUUCGACUCGAGCUACAUCAACCAAGGGACUCCGCCCCACGACGACAGCAAGAGCGUGCGCACCCCGAAGGCCAACGAAAGCAUGCAGACCGUCAACGUGAACGAGAACAUCGUGGAGACGCCCCGAGUGAGCCAGUACAGCCUCAUCGACGACAUCGUCUCCCAGCUCAAAUCCCCCGCGAAAGCCCCCUUGGACAAAAGUAAAAUUCACUAUAUCGAUUCUCACGUUAACUUAAACCCGUAUAUCCAACACGCAGACGUUAGGUUCGUCAAGGAGCCGAGUUUUGGCGAAAUUUCGUUUUUCACUCCGCAGCUGUAUAAUAAGUUGGCGUCGACGCCCAUCGACAAAAUCGCCGACUUGAUGAAAAGUUCGCCGAUUAAAGAGAGUCCAAAUAACGUCAACAGCAAUGUUGACGCCGUCAAAGUCGAUAAGGUUUCGAAUUUCGCGUUUCAGUCGACGCCGUUGAACGACAACACGGAUAGGGAAAAUCUCUUGAAUUUGCAGCGCAGUAAGACGGUUUCGCCUAAGACUCACCGCCAGAAAAAUUUUACUAUAGUGCAUAAUUUGUCGAGGGUUUCUAAGUCUAAUUCCGGGUAUCGAACGUUUUCAGCCGAGCAGAGCGAGAGGGGGGUCGAUGUGGUCUUCAGCAGGUUGAAGAGGCUGAGCAGAACCUCGAUCAAGUGGACGUUUAAAAUCGUCGACUGGUGUAACUACAUUGGGGUGGCUUUGAGGAAAAGCUUAUCGUCCCUCUGCAACACCUACCGCUCCCAACCCACCUCCGCCAACUCCUCCUCCUCCACCUCCUUGUGUCGAUGCAGCGACUACCAAUACCAACUGAAGAACUGCACUACCGAGAUCGAGCAACUCCGGUCCGAACUCGUGCAAGUCCGCAACCAGAUGGAGUUCCAGACAACUUACCAAAACGAAAUCAAGCAGCUCACCCAAGAACUGCAAAAAAUCCGACAAGAGUUUGCGGAAUUCCACGAGUUCCGGGUGGAGUUCAACGACUGGAAGGACCACACGAAGCACAGUCCGAGGGCUAUAACGCCUGGGUGCGCGCCGCCUCCGCCCCCGCCGCCGCCUCCACCGCCCCCGCCUCCGCCGCCCAUCGCCAAUAAGUCCGUCCCUUUGAAACCGAAGAAGAACAACAAAAGCAACAAGGAGAAUUCGAGACCGAUUAUCUCGCUGGACGACAUACUUAAAGUGAAGUUGAAGAAGGCCACGGAGCGCCCUACGCCGCAUAGACGCACCUCGCAGCCUUUGGUGUCGUCCGAGAUGCUGAGGCAGGUGAAGCUGAAGCCCCCUUCCAGGCCCGAGACGCCUGUGAGCGAGGUGUUCUCCACCAGCCCCCAUUCCAGCUUGACGAGAUUGUUGAUCGAUAAUUCCUCUGUAGGAAAGGUUAAAAGGCUAAAAAGGGUGGGAGGUUAUAGUUUUGAUGAAUUUUACAGACGAAGCCAGCUGGCGAAACAAGAGAGGGAGCGAACGUACAACUGAACGAGAUUUUUUAGAAAGAGGGACGGUAUAUUUUAUUUUAGAUGCAAAUUUUUAUAUUGUUUAUUUACAUUUACGUUUUAAAUACAUUAAAGGUGUACCAAAGCUCAGGUGUCGCUGCGAAGUUGUAGACCUUUCAUGUAUUUAAAAUGUACAUGUAAAUAAAAAGCAAUUUUUAUAUCUGAAUUUAUAUUGUGAUAGAUUUCGAAAUAUUAAAAUAUUUUUUUAUGGUUUUUAAA